CGGAUCCAAUUCCCGAAAUAGAGGAGAAAGGUGGAUGCUUUUUUACCUCCUCGCCAAGGUCGCGUAAUCUAGGACAUGGGGAAAGAACUUCACACCUGAAACCAGACACCUUCGUCACGUAGAAGAUCAAGAAUCAUGACAAGACAUCUUGGGCGAGUCAGUUUUGAAAUUUCGAGUCGGAGAUAGACGGUAUUAGGGUAUUGUAGGAGGAAAACGACCCCAAUAAGAAGAAUCAACGGUUCGCAUAGGAAUUCUUCAAUCUGGCAAAUGGAGAGAAUCAUAGAUGAUGGUAUUGCAGUUAAAGGAGAGAAUCCAGCGGCACUUGCAGUUGCAGAUGCAGAGGUUGAUGGCAAAGCCCAAUCGUCGUCUCUGAGCUCGACCCUCUUCCUGGAUCAUGUUGGCCAGGUCAUUCUGACCUUCAAUGCAGAUGGCUUGUCUUGGAGCUUGGUCCAGUCCUUCAAUAAUGAUGAAUCAAGUUGUUUGGGCAUCAAACUUGCUCCUAAAGUUGUAACUGAGAUCAAAUUCUCUGAUGUUUAUGCUGUUGAGCUAAUUGACUAUGGCUUGGUUCAUGAAUCAAAUCUGCCAAAUGCUGGAAAAUUUCUUGUUGGUCAUGACAAUGAGAUGUACUGGUUUAAAGUGCAUGGUUUCCAAAGGUCAAAAUCUCAGCCUUCUCUUUGGGUCUUGGCUCAGUUCACAUUUGGUCAUAAUGAUCCACAAAUGUGUCAGAUGUGGGUGAAUCGAAUUAAUGCUUCUCUGAACCUUGAAAUGGGGAGACCACGAAAUAUUCUGGUUUUUGUUCAUCCAAGGAGUGGGAUAGGGAGUGGCUGUAGAAUCUGGGAAACCGUGGCACCUAUAUUCUCACGUGCUAAAGUCAAAACAAAGGUCACUGUGACACAGAGGGCAGGACAGGCAUUUCAUGUGAUGGCUUCUACUUUGAACCAGGAGCUUUACUCAUAUGAUGGUGUUGUAGCUGUUGGUGGUGAUGGUUUCUUCAACGAAAUCCUUAAUGGAUUUCUUUCUUCAAGGCAUAAAGCUCCUUACCCACCAAGCCCAACAGAUAUUAUUCAUUCUGCUGAUGGAAAUGGCAGUUCCUUGAUUCAUCAUGGUUCAAGUGGAACAGUUGCUGCGACUAGCUAUCAAAAAGAAGAUGAGUCACCUCUUCUCUCAAGUACAAUGCAACAAAAUGGAUCAGGAUUUGCAAAUUUCACAGACCAAGAUCGUGACUUUCGCUUCUCUGAAGAACAGUUUAGAUUUGGAAUCAUUCCUGCAGGUUCAACUGAUGCCAUUGUGAUGUGUACCACUGGAACUCGAGAUCCCAUAACAUCAGCAUUGCACAUUGUACUAGGUAAAAGGGUAUGCCUUGAUGUAGCUCAAGUUGUAAGAUGGAAAACAACCUCUGCAUCAAAACUUGAUCCUUGUGUGCGAUAUGCAGCUUCUUUCGCCGGGUAUGGGUUUUAUGGAGAUGUCAUAACUGAGAGUGAAAAAUACCGCUGGAUGGGCCCCAAACGUUAUGAUUAUGCAGGAACAAAAGUGUUUCUGAGGCACAGGUCAUAUGAGGCAGAAGUAGCUUACUUAGAAGUCAAAUCGGGGGAAACAAAUUCAACUUCUGGGAGAGCUCACGCAAGUAGUAGCAUACAAGCAUUGUGGACUCCAAAUAAAUCUGAAAGAGUGGUUUGUCGUGUAAAUUGUGCCAUUUGUAACGACAAACCAAUUCAUGUAUCUAUGGAAGAUUCCCAAGCUACAACUUACUCACGACCAGAAGAAACAAGAUGGUUGAGAUCCAAAGGCCGUUUUCUUAGCAUUGGUGCUGCUGUAAUCUCUUGCCGAAAUGAAAGAGCACCAGAUGGUUUGGUGGCUGAUGCACACCUUUCGGACGGUUUCCUGAACCUCAUAUUGAUUAAAGACUGCCCUCAUGCUUUGUAUCUAUGGCACCUUACCCAACUUGCAAGGAGAGGUGGAACUCCCCUGAACUUUAAGUUUGUUGAACAUCAUAAGACAACAGCUUUUGUGUUUACUUCUUUUGGCACUGAGAGCGUUUGGAAUUUGGAUGGUGAGCCCUUCCAAGCACACCAACUCUCAGCACAAGUAUUUAGAGGCCUUGUUAGCUUAUUUGCAUCCGGUCCCGAAGUUUAACAGAAGACCUCGCAAAAGGGCUUCUUAAAGAAGAUCGUGCUUAUGCUUAUAUAUUACCAGUUGCUUUGUGAUCAAGAUAUACGAUCAAUAUGGCUUCGUACAAAUGGCUUCUGGGUAUGGUGACAAUUAGCAGACAUUUCAGGGGGCCCUGUUUUGAGAGAGGCAGAUUAAACCUGCACCGGUGAUGUAUUACUUUGGAAGGAAGUAGGGUGGGAGAAAAAGGAGUCAUGCAAUCCUGAUGGCCAAACUUUCUUUCUCAGAAGUCGUCCAUAAUUUGCAAAAUAGGUGUUAGAUUGAGAAGCUAAUGUGAUGAUAAAUGAGGGAAAACGUGAAAAUGGGCCAAGUCAGAAAGAGUUCACGGCAAGCUUUCUUGUGAGCUAAUUUUUUUGUCUUUCACUAACCUCAUUCUUUCCAUUUUGUAAUGCAAAUUCGCAUGUGAAACACAAUCAACUGUCAUGUUUCUUGCUCCAUACCAUCUUUCAGCCUUUUGUUUAUAGAAAUGAAAAUAUAUGUUUGGACCGAUCAAGUCUAGAUUAUUAAUGUAAAAUAUUGAGCCAAAACUCUAUUAUCGAAGGGCAAAUAAAUUUGUACCAAAACCGAGGAAUCAUAUUUCGUAA